CUAUGAAAUCUAUGGUAACCACCAUUUUGUUAAUUUUGAUUGCGUCUGUUUUGUCGGCAGGCGGCUAUCGUGUCGAUUAUAGUUUGCAGAAAGUGGUUUUCGCUCGCGUACAUAAGAUCACAAAAAGGUCUUUGAUUUUAUUUAAGCAUAAUAAGUGAUACUGAAGUUAACGAAUCAAUAAAACGUUGCUAUUUCAUAAUUACUUGUGAUGAGUUCUCGACACCGUGAUAGGAGCAGAUCUCGUUCGAGAGACCGUGAUCGUCAUAAAGAUCGUGAUCGCGAGAAGAACAGAGACCGGGAUAGGGACCGCGACCGCGACAAGGACCGGGAUAGAGAUCACGGUCGUGAUAGAGACCGCGAUAGGGACCGUGAUCGUGAUAGGGACAGGGAUAGGGAUAGAGAUCGCGAUAGAGACAGGGACCGGGAUAGGGAUCGUGAUCGAGACCGCGACAGGGACCGCCGUCGUUCCAAAAGGGAUAAAGAUCGAGAAAGGAGCAGAAGUAGAGACAGACAUAAGGACAAACGCCGCAGCAAGAGUCGCUCUCGAAGCCGCAGUCGAGGCAGGAAGUCUAAAGAUAGAGAUGGCACCAUCGCAUUACUGGACCAAAUGGUCGGUACAACAACCAAGGCUACAGCUCGGCCCGUGAUAAAUAAUGUCACUGCAUUGAACCCUGCCGCUCAGGCUGCCAUCAUGGCUGCGGCUGCUGUUGCCCAGCGCCGCGCGGGAGCCGGCGUGCAGCCCGCCGCCGCCGCCGCCGCCGCGCUGUCCGCCGCCGCCGCCGUGCCGCCGCCCACCUCCGUGCAGCAGAAGCUGGAGCUGUUGCAGGCCAAGCAUCGGGACCGCGACCACCACCCCGAUGACGACAAGGACGACGGACUGGGACCGCCCGGCGAGACGGCGGCGGAGCGUCGCGCGCGGCGGCGGCGCACGCGCUGGACGGGCUCCGAGCACGACAAGACGUUCAUCCCCGGCCUGCCCACCGUGCUGCCCUCCACCCUCACCAAGGACCAGGAGGAACAGUACCUGCUGCAGCUGCAGAUCGAGGAGGUCAGCCGCAAGCUCAGAUCCGGCGACCUCGGCAUUCCGGCCAACGUCGAAGAGAGAUCACCAUCGCCGGAGCCCAUAUACUCGACGGACGGCAAGAGGCUGAACACCCGCGAGUACAGGACCAGGAGGAAGCUUGAGGAAGAGAGACACAGGCUGGUGCAAAGGAUGCAGCAGGUCAACCCUGAGUUCAAACCUCCGCCCGACUACAAGCCGCCGAUAAUAAGGGUGCACGACAAAGUGAUGAUACCCCAGGAGGAGCACCCCGAUAUCAACUUUGUCGGACUCCUCAUCGGGCCGCGAGGGAACACUCUUAAAGCGAUGGAAAAGGAAACCGGAGCCAAGAUAAUAAUCCGUGGGAAGGGCUCGGUGAAGGAGGGCAAGGUCGGGCGCAAGGACGGGCAGCCGCUGCCCGGGGAGGACGAGCCGCUGCACGCCUACAUCACCGCCACCAACGCGGACUGCGUCAAGAAGGCCGUCGAGAAGAUUAAAGAAGUGAUCCGCCAAGGCGUGGAGGUGCCGGAAGGUCAGAACGACCUCCGCCGGAUGCAGCUCCGCGAGCUGGCGCAGCUCAACGGCACGCUGCGGGAGCACGACGCCGCGCGCUGCGCCAACUGCUCCGCCACCGACCACAAGACCUGGCUCUGUCCCGACAAGCCCAACGUCACCUCCGCCAUCGUCUGCUCCUCCUGCGGCGGCGCCGGGCACAUCGCCAGGGACUGCCGCGCCCGCAGACCCGGCCACCACCAACCCGAUAAGGCUAAGAUAGAUGAGGAGUACAUGUCGCUGAUGGCGGAGCUGGGCGAGUCCGGGCCGCCCGCCCCCUCGCCCCGCGGCUUCGCGCCCGCACCCCGCGCGCCCCCGCGCCCGCCGCCCCCCAUGUACGCGCACGCCGCCCCGCCCCGCGCCAUCCUGCCGCCGCCCCCGCCGCCCGCGCCCUGGAUGGGAGUCGGGAUGCAGCCACCGCCGCCCGGCGCCGGCCCGCCGCCCUUCCACAUGAGCGACAAGAUGCCGGGGCCGCCCGGACCCCCCGGGCCCAUGCCGCCCCCUCCACCAGGUAUGAUGGGUCCUGGACCGUGGCGCGGGUUCGGUCCCAGCCCGCCGUGGGGAGGCCCGCCGCCCCCGCCCGCCUUCCUCGCCCCGCCGCCGCCCCCCCCGCCCGUCUCCUCCUCGUAGACCUGGCGCCACACAACAUCGACGUGUCUGCGGCCGCCAGCGCCACGGCGAUCGUUCUGAUUGUCUACGCAUACUCUGCGAUAGAUAUAUUAAUGUUUCAAUUACUUACAAAAUUAAAUGAAAGUGCAUAUUUCGACAAUUCAAUUCAACACAAGAAGUAUCAUUCAAUUGUACUAUAUUUAAUAUUUUAUCUUUCAAAUGAACUGUUAAAAACACUUAGAAAUGAAUUUUGUAAAAAAUUACCUUUUAAAGCAGUGAUGAGGUAACGGAAAGCAAUAAAAUGAUUACUAAUGUGAAA